AAAAAUUUACAAAUUAUAGGAAAUAGAAAAAAUAGGAAAGAGGGCAAGGAGAGGAAGAAGAAGAAGGAAAAGUAAACCCUAACAAACAAUCGAAUUCGAUUGAAAGAUGAGAGGGGCGGAGGAGGCGACGGGGAAGAAGAGAGUGGUGACUGAAUCGCUUGGAUGGCUAACGGAAUCGUCGAUAAUGCCGAAGAAACACAGACCUAUAGAAGGUGUAGGUGCAUCCUCCAUCCUCGAAUUGAAAGCCCAACUCUACAAGUCUCAAGAAGAUUCCAAAAAGUCCAGAGAUUUAUCAAGCACUGACGCCGAAUAUCAACGUGCCAAAACCAGAAUCUCUACCAAAGAUCCCUUCUCCAAUAAGAACUCCGGUGUCGAUGCCCGUGCUCACAAGGAUAAACUUGAGUUGAAAGCUAUUAAUGAUGGAUCGGUGAGCUAUGCUGCUUUGGAGAAGAAGGCUGAGUUGUAUGAUAAGUUGGUUAAGGGAGAAUUGUCUGAUGAAGAGGAUAAAGAGAAGUAUUGUGUAGACUUUGUCCGCAAGGGCGAUGAUUAUGAUGAUGUCUCUACUACUCCCAAUGUGUUGCCUGAAAAUGAACAUGCUGGUGCCGAUGGUGAUGCUUUUCUGCUGUUUAACAUGAAACCUGUAGGGCCUGGCCGGACUGCUGGAUUUGUUGAUGGUGCUGAACACAAGCGCAAUGUUAGGGAAGUUCAUGAAGAAGCUAAUCGUGCAAGAGAAAAGGCUUCUGAAAUUAAGCUACGCAGACAGGAGCAGAUAGCAGCUCAUCGCGAGAAACUUAAACAAGCCUAUCUUCAGAAGAAAUUGGAGCAACUGAAGGCUUCUGUUGGAUCUGGAUCUGAGAUUAAGAACACAUGAUGUCCGCGCCCAUUGUUCUCUGUAAUUUAUAAAGGUGGAUGGAGUGAAACCGAGAUGUUUCUUAAAGUAAGUCACAAGAAGUGAAAGCAGGCUAAAAACUGUGUUAGUAUUCACUGGAGUUUACAGCAUUGGUUUAUCUAACUUUCUGUGAUGCAAAACAACCACCUCAACCCCUCCAUAGACAAAAAAUGAAGGGUGAAAACAAGAAAGAGACAUAGAAGCAAACGAAACAUUCCUCUUUUUUCUGUUGUAAAUGAUGUAUAAUUUGAGAAUUGGUGUAUACAAGAAUUAUUGAUUUAGGUUUGGGAAAGGAGUGGAUGUAGUUUUGUUGGCCAACCCAGAAAUAGGCAUGUCCUUUGACCUUCAACUGAUUUGAAUCCACUCUUACAACGUAAUAUUUAGAGGAAAAGAUACAGAAACAAAUUUGGGUUUUGUUUGGAUAUAUCCUGUUGUCCCAUGAAUGAAAUUUAGAAUGAAUCGGGAUAAAGUUUUUAUUCUUA